AUGACUUCUCUUUGGACCUCACUGGAAAAAGAUGUGUUCAACCCUCAGAACAAAAAGCUGCUGGAAACAGUUCAUGUCUGGAAGACGGGGAAGAAGAAAAAGAUGUCUAUUCUCUGUGUAGUGGUGGAUGCCUUUAGGCCAGUGAAGCCGUUUCUAGAGAAGGUCAAGGUAGACCGAGGAGAACAAUACAAGAUAGCCAACAGAUGGACUUUAGCAGAGCUGAAGCUGGUAGAUGGCAAGACUCUCAAUCAGGCAAGUCUGGAUUUUGAUCUGCAGUUUGAUAAGGUUUACAAGUGGACUGCCAGCAGCUUUGAUGAGAAGAAAGCCUUUAUCAGAUGCUUGUGGAAGCUGAAUCACCGAUUUCUCUCCAGUCGUAUCACAUUUGUGAAUGUCCCAUCCUGUACAGUAGAAGGGAGACAAAGGCAUCAAGAAGACAGGAAGGACACUGCAGAGACUGAAAGUCAGGAAGAGCUCAGCGCAUACCAGGAGAUGACCGCAAAGGAAGCAGCUGACAUGUUGAAGCUGAUGGAAGAGUAUGAGCCCAUUGUGAACAAUUCUGUGGCCUUUGCAGAGCAGCUAAGCAAUGAUCUCCAUGUGCUGGAUGAGGCCAACCUUAGGGCCAUUAUCUCCUCUGAGAAUCAGGUGACACAGCUGAUGCACUCCAUUGAUGAGGCCCUGGCAGAGGUAGCCAGAGUGGAGGACACCCUGCAAAUCUAUGAUGAGCUACUGGGAAGCGUGAAGCAGCAGAUGGAUGACAUCUACCAGGAGAACUCCUUACUACAUCGUAUCAUCUCCAACAAGACAAAACUGAUGGAUGAGAUCCUCUUUCUCACAACUCACCUUGAUCUCAGCAAGGAACACUGUGAGGCCCUGAGCCAAGGAGAUCUUUCCAGUCCCAGCAGAGUAAAAGCCUGUAUUGCUGCAGCAGAAGCUUUAUCUGCCUGCAUGAACAUUCAGAUACAGCCUGGUUACCGGAAGCUACAGUCUGUAGCUGAGCAGCUGAUCAUGUUUGAAACACUGAAGCAGAACUUUGAAAACAGUUUCAUCAGUCAUAUUACAAACAUCUUUGAGCUGCAGGGAAAUGCUCAAGUCUCAGCUCUCGUCCAGCAUGUUGGCAAGUUAGCUGCGCCGAGCCAUAGAUUCCAUCAUGAGGAGCUGGUGCACUAUACCCCACUCAUGGCCUGGCUGAGGAAUGCCAACCCAGUUCUGUUCUGCGAUCUCCCCAAGGUCUACACCCAGAACCUCGGCAGACUCUAUGAUAGGGAAAUCAAAGCCUUUUUUGAACAAGCCAAAACCCUCUUGUUAGGAAGAAGAAAGACCAGUCUUCAGGAAGUCUUAGACAAGCCGAUGGUGACAGGGAGCAAACAGCAAUCUCGAUUAAGCCUCCCUGAGAGCAGAGAAGGCCAGGAGGAUGUACCGAACAGAGGCAAUGUCAUCAAGCAGAUGCUGGAGCAGGUGCUGAAAGAGCUGCAACCUCUUUGCACUGCAGAACAGCAGUUCAUUGAGAAAUUCUUCCUGCUAAGCCAGGAUGCUGCAGAUCUGGAGGUGCUGGAGGUAAGAGAAAGCAUGGCAACUCCAGAGGACCCUCCUUGCACUAAGCCUCAGAGCCAACUAGAUGAACCUACAACUCGACUGCUAAGUGAGAUCUUCAGUUCCCUGGAACCAGAGCUGAGAGGCUUUCUAGAUGUUUGCAAUAAAGUCCACCCGUUCAGCUGCUUGCAGGUCUUGGUUACCUUGAAUGACUCCGUCUUUGAGAUGUGGGGCUCUUCCUCAUCUCUCCCCUCAUCCUUCCUCAACACUGUCCUGGGCAACAUGCUACUCCUGGCCAAGAGCAGCUUCAACAAAUGCAUUGGGGCCUUGUGCAAAGAGAUCGAGGAGGCAAAAGUGACCAGCAAGAUGAAAGGUGGGAUCCUGCCAUUCGUGAGCCGCUUUGAGGAGUUUGUGAAUUUCUCGGAGGAAGUUUUUAGCUCAGCUCAGCGGAGAGGUGAGCUGGACAAAGCACACGUUAGACUGGCCAGCAGCGUCUUCAGCAGCAUCAAUAAUCUGUCCUCGGCAAAUCUCAAGACCAAUACAGAUAUGAUCAUGAUGGAAAAUUUCCACCAUAUUCACUGCUUCCUGUGCCAAAAGAAGAUACGCUGCCUGGAGGACAAAAAAAGAGAAGCCAAGCAAAGGUAUAGUCAGCACCUGGAGAAAUACGUUAUCAAGUAUCUGGGCCAGCCACUGGAGAAACUCAAUCACUUCUUUGAAGGUGUGAAAGCCCGUGUGGCUCAGGGGGUGAAAGAAGAGGAAGUCAGCUUUCAUCUGGCCUACAGCAAGCAAGAGCUGAGGAAAGUCAUUGAAAAAUACCCUGGCAAGGAAGUAAAAAGAGCCCUUGAGACCCUCUACAGGAAAAUCCACAAGUAUCUCUCCCCUGAGGAAAAUCUUUUGCCGGUGGUGUGGCAUGCUAUGGAACAGGAGUUCAUACAGCAGUACCAGGAGUUUGAGGAUCUCAUCCAACGUUGUUAUGCAGGAUCAGGGAUCAUCAUGAACUUCACCAUGGAAGACUUACUGAGCUACUUCAACUCAAUCACUCUAUCCAGCAUGUAAAAGCAGCCCUGCCUGGAUGUAUCUCUGUUGAGAGUAGAUCAGAAACCCCCUGCAACUACACCUUUAAGGAGCAAAACUCAAAUGCAAACCCCUUCCCAGGCUAAUAUUUGAUAUCUGGGGUCUCAUCCUGAACUUAAUGCCAAAUUACCUUUGCCUUGUCAGUCUUCCUGUGGGGAAAUGGAGUUUCCAGACCCAAGCCAUAACUUUCGCCUUCCAAGUAACCUUUCUGCAGCUAGUAAUAAAUCCUCAAACCUUGAAUUUCUGCCAAAGUGAGUGCCAAUACUGUGGCUCUUCAGGAGACCACUUCCCAGGGCCCUGUGCAGCUGAACAGUGAAAGCCAUCUUCUCGCCAAGAAUUCUCUACCUUUUUAACUGUUUCCAGAUUUACAGUGUCUGUGCUAAGACAAGAAGGUGCUUUCACUGAGUCACCUAAAUGUGUUUUCACCUAAAUGUGUUUCUAAUGGUAUUAUAUCUGAGCAUCAGAACAUAUAUGGCUACUCCACCAGCACUUUAGCACAGAGAGCUGAAAAUUCAGAGUUACCUUAUGUCAUAGUGUUUAUUACUUUUAGCUGAGGAACGUUUUCCGUGAAUGAAAACUGGAGUAGAACAAGCUCUGUUCUAGGGAUCCAAAAUGAUUUCUCAGGGAAUUUCCUGUUCUUACACCAUUUUCUCAAGAAGCAUCCCACAGCAAUGUCACAAGUUGUUAAUGUCUUUUUGUUGUUGA